UCAUGUAUUGACUUUGUAAUCAGACAAUGUCUGUUCAUUAUAAGGUUAAAUGAUUCAUAUACAGUCUGUUCAGUCUUUUUUAUCUCCAGGACCUCCCCUAAGUCAGCCAUCUCUUGGAAUUUUGAUAAAGUGUUUCGCACUAACCUAAUUACAAUGAUAUAAAUAAUGUUGCCUCUUGAUGGCAACAUUAAACGUUUAACAGUAAGCAGUAAUGAUGAAGUGGUUAUGUGGAAUUUAUUUUUUCAUACUUCUCUCGCAAGUUCUUUGUAAUCAGGUUGAAACAGAUGAAAUUUCAACCUAUAAUAACACGAUCAGGGUUUACAAUGUUGGCGUUGAAUUAGGAAUAAUCAAUACUGAAAAAUAUACAUUUGAUUCAUUCGUAAAAGAUGAACAAAACAUAUUCAAACCCUUGUACGAGGAAUACAAUGUAGCAACGAAUAACACAGACCCGAUAAACUAUCAAGAUUGGCUGAUUGCGAACAACUAUGGCAUUCUCAGCGACACACAAGAGUCCUUAUUUCAGAAAAAGAUAUCAAAACGUAGUACUGCAGACAAUAAGAGGAGAUUUGUAAAUUUGGUUAAGAAGGGAGAUAUUUUAAUAACCGGACGAGGGAUAGGAGGUUUGGUGGGACAUGCUGCUAUAAUGACAAGUAAUUAUUGGGUGCUCGAAAUGCCCGGAGGCAAAGGUUGGGACCACGGGAUAAAAGAUAAUAACCGUCAAGUUCCUAAAGACAAAUGGUUUGACAAACACGCAUCUGACUGGACUACUGUAUAUCGUAAUAGAGAUGGCACAGUCGCUCGACAAGCGGCGGACUGGGCUGAUAGAACCUAUUAUAACCCGUCAGGUGGCGCUACUAAAACAAAACACAUUACAUACAAGAUCAGUACCGACAUUUGGUCUACCAACCCGAGUUAUUGCUCCAAACUUGUCAUACAAGCGUAUUACUACGGAACGGGAAAGAAGAAAGUUAUACGUGAUUUAUCUAUUGCGGGAAGAAUAAUCGUUCCUUCGACAAUACCGAACUACUUUUUACCGCCGUACACGUUGGUGAAUAAAGGAAAAUAUUGAAAUAGUUUUAUCUAAGUUUUCUUGUUUGUGAUUUAUAAAAAAAGUAGCUUUUA